AUGAGAGGCUUGAUUUUUCUUCUGGUGGUGGUGGCCUACACCAGUGCCGAGUACGAGCAGUACUGCCAUUUGCGGAGCUGCAAAAAGGACGAGAAACACACCCUCUGUGCCUACUCCUCCGCCAACAAAUGCGCAAGACUCAUUUCAAGUGGGCUAUCCCAAGAUGAAAAAAACCGGAUAGUUAAACUGCAUAAUCAGCUGAGGCAGAAGGUUGCCAGUGGGAAAGAAGUGCGUGGAGCCCCGGGACCACAACCACCAACAGCAACUAGAAAAAUGGCCAAUUUGGUAUGGGAUAACGAAAUCGCCCGUAUAGCUCAGCAUUGGGCCGAUCAAUGCAAUUACAAACACGAUCAAUGCAAAAAUACACUGAAAGAAGAACAUGUUGGUCAAAACAUAGCGUACGAAUGGACUACUGGCGAUUUCAAAACUAUUAAAGUUGAAAAAUUGAUUAUGAAUUGGUACAAUGAAGUAGACAGCUUCGAUGGGCGCACAUUACAGGGUAUUUCCGGCAAAGCCGUUGGUCACUACACGCAAAUGGUUUGGAGUAAAACUAACAAAAUUGGGUGCGGAGCUGUUAGAUACUAUGAUGGAGACAGAAAGACUUUAUAUCUGGUCUGUAAUUACGGUCCAGGAGGUAAUAUGUAUGGCGAAAAAGUGUAUGAUACUAAAAAUAACCCAACGCAAAAUCGGCAUAUUCGACCUCAAAAAAAUAAAAAUCGUAAACCUUCGGCAAGUAAUAAUAACAAGCCAUCCAGAAGACCUCAGCCGCAACCUCGCCGAGAAACUUUGUACCCAUAUACCAUUCACGGGAAACGAGUGACAAAAGAAGAAUACGAAAAAUUCAAAAACCAGCCACUAUGGAAUCACGGACCCUCGAGAAAACCUCAGUCGCAACCCCAUCGAGAAACUUCUUUUUCGUACACUGUCAACGGCAAACGCGUUACGAAAGAAGAAUAUGAGAAGUUAAAAAAUCAGCCACUAUGGAAUCACGGACCUUCUAGAAGACCUCAGUCGCAACCCCAUCGAGAAACUUCUUUUUCGUACACUGUCAACGGCAAACGCGUUACGAAAGAAGAAUAUGAGAAGUUAAAAAAUCAGCCACUAUGGGAUCACGGACCUUCUAGAAGACCUCAGUCGCAACCCCGUCGAGAAACUUCGCCUGUCCAUAUAGUUAAUGGGAAACGAGUUACAAAAGAAGAAUACGAACGAUUCAAUAACCGGCCAAAUUUGAAUCUCGAAUCCUCGAGAAGACCUCAGCCACAGCCCCAUCGAUACGUUUCGUCUUCCUUUAUCAUUAAUGGAAAACCCGCUACGAAGGAAGAAUUCGAAAAGUUCAAAAACAAAUCCAGAUCAGGCUCGUACACUUGGAACGGUAAAUCGGUGUCGAAGGAAGAAUUCGAUAGGAAAAUUCGGGAGUCCAUGGCUAAUCGGAUUGAGCGACAAUAA